AACGCGGAAGUGAGCUGCCGCCGCCUUAGGAGAGAAAUGGCUGCCUACAGGUGCAGCAGCCCGGUGUGGCUGUUUAUUCUCUGUAGUUUUUCUGUGUUUAUUAUCGCAGGCAGUGAAGAAACGCCCGUAGCUCAAGAGCAACAUGCCAAUGUGCCGGAUAAUCCGCAAACAGCCGCCGAAACAGCGGAACAAACGGAGAAGGAGACCGGAGGAGCGGAGGAGAGGCGGUGGGAAGGAACCGAGGUUAGAGAUGCUGCAACCCAGAAACAAGCCGAACCUGUGGUCCUCCAGUCAACACCGCGGCCCAAAGACGACUUUCAGGAGGAGCUGGUGGUCAGACCGCUGCACUCCGGAGAUAUUUAUGCCAGCUUCCAGUUCCGCACCCUGUGGGAGACGGACUUCAUGAGAGGAAACAAAGUCUCCCACUACCGGCUGUUUCCCAAAUCUCUGGGUCAGGUCAUCUCCAAGUUCUCAGUGCGAGAGCUGCACAUCUCCUUCACUCAGGGCUACUGGAGGACCAUGCAGUGGGGGCAGCCUUAUCUACCGUCACCUCCGGGGGCCGAGCUCUGGGUUUGGUUCCAGGACUCAGUCACAGAUGUGGACGCCACGUGGAAGGAGCUGACCAACGUUUUGUCGGGCAUCUUCUGCGCUUCGCUGAACUUCAUUGACUCCACUAACACCGUUCAGCCCAGUGCCUCCUUCAAACCCCUGGGAAUAGGAAACGUGACAGACCAUCGCUUCCUUCGCUAUGCCACCCUCCCACGUGAAAUUGUUUGCACUGAGAAUUUGACACCCUGGAAGAAACUCCUGCCAUGUGGAUCCAAGGCUGGUCUCGCUGUCCUGCUGAAGUCAGAGAAGCUCUUCCACAGCAGUUUUCAUUCCCAGGCGGUGCACAUCAGGCCUGUGUGUCAGGACUGGCAAUGCAAAACCACAUCCUGGGAGCUGAGACAGACUCUAAAUGUAGUGUUUGACCUGCACAACUCUGGACAAGGCAAACGAGAGUGGUCUUUAUUCAAGAUGUUCUCGAGGACCCUGACGGAAGCUUGUCCGCUGGCCUCCUCCAGUAAAAUAUAUAUCGACAUCACAGACAACCCCGAGGGGGAGCACUUUGAGCUCAGUCCGGCCACCUCCCUGCUGAGCCAGGCCAUGGUGCUGGGGGAUAGACGGACCUUCUCUGUGUAUGAUCUGACCCAACAAGACACCUUCGGCAGCGUGCGCUCCCUCAACCUGCUGAUCCGCUGGAAAUCCACUGAAGGCGACAUGCUGCGGCCUUUGCUCCAUGCAGAGCGCUACGUGGCCGGAUACGGACUGCAGACGGGAGAGAUUCACACGCUCAUGUACAACAACCACCCCUACAGGUCUUUCCCUGUGCUGCUGCUGGACUCGGUGCCCUGGUAUCUGCGACUCUACAUCCACACGCUGACCGUCACCAGCAAGGGAAAAGACAACAAGCCCAGCUACAUCCACUACCAGCCAUCUAAGGACCGUGUGAGGCCUCACCUGCUGGAGAUGCUCGUCCAGCUUCCUCCCAACUCCGUCACGGAGGUCACAGUUCAGUUUGAGAGGGCUCUGCUCAAAUGGACCGAAUACACUCCUGAUCCCAACCACGGCUUCUAUGUCGGGUCUUCAGUCAUCAGCUCUCUUGUACCGAGCACUGUCGCCAUGGAUACAAACAGCACUCAGGAACGACCGCUUUUCAGUAGCUUUUUUCCCUGUAAAGAAGAGUCCAGCUACUUUGUUCGCGUCUACACCGAACCCCUGCUGGUCAACCUGCCCACUCCAGACUUCAGCAUGCCUUACAACGUCAUCUGUCUGACCUGCACUGUCGUGGCCGUGGGCUACGGCUCGCUGUAUAACCUCCUGACCCGGAGCUUCCAGAUAGAGGAGCCCAGUCCAGGACUGGCCAAGAGGAUAGCCAACGUCAUCCGCAAGAUGAGAGGCGUGCCGCCGCUCUGAAGCUGGACAGAAAUGCCAAGUGGCUGCGAGAAAACAUGUAAGAUUCAGGGAAGAACUCAGUCAAGCACUGGUAUGAAUGUUUUAUACACUGUCAGCUGGAAGGUUUUGUUUUUAAAUGGAAGAAGACAAAAAUCUGUUGAACACUAACCUGGAUAGUUUCCUGCUGGCUGAGGACAGAAAUUUGGUGGCUGGGAAGUAAAGAGCUUUAUUAUUGUUUGACACGCAGAAGGAAACAAAGCUGUGUGGUGUGCUACUGUGGCAACUUUUGGGUUUGUAGUUUUUUUUAUGCGUUUCAAACCAUAACUCCAUUACAUCAUGAUACAGCUGUUCAAUCUGCUACUAUGAAGACAUGGUGGUAAAACUAGUCAAUUAUCCUGAGAAUGAUUUAAACUGCACUAUGAAGACUCUGGGCUCGUCCAGAAAGAGGAUUGUCUGGGGUCUCAAGUUGCAUUCUGACCUGUUAUUUGUUGCUAUCUCCCUACCAAGGAGAAAAUACGAUAAAAUUACGCAAAGUCAGAGUGGCUUUACAGUUUUCUAUUCACACCGCAGCUAUUUCAGGAUAUUAAAGAAUUCUGAAAUACUGAGUUUCUCACAGCUCAUCAGUAAUUAAAAAAAAAAAGUGAUCCAGAACUAUUUGAUCUUUAUUUUAACCCUCAUGUUGUCCUGCCGGUCAAAAUUGGCCCGUUUUAAAGUUUGAUAAUGUGGGGAAAAAAUAUAUAUAUUCACAGUGAAACUUCUGAUGUCCACAUUUUUAACAUUUUUGGAAAAUCUUUGGACAUUUUUGGUGGAAAAAAGAAAUGUUAAAAAUGUUUCUUAAGAACAUUCAACAAAAAAUCAACCAAAAUCCAGCGAAAUUCACCGGAUUUUGGUUGAUUAUUUUGUGAAUGUUCUUAAAGAAAAUAUUAGAAGUUUUACUGAUAUAUAUGUAAUCACUUUAGAUAUUUUUGGGAUUUUUUUGGGAAGAUUUUUAACAUUUUUUGAAAAUAUUUACAAGACAUUUGGGGAUUUUUUUAAGGGAAACUUUUAAGGAAUUAUUGGAAUUUUCUUCCUGAAGGUUUUGCAAAUUUUCAGAAAUCUGAAGAAUUUUUUUCUGAUUUUUUGGAUUUUUUUCAGAUAAGGAAACUAUAUUUUUUGAUGCCCAUAAAUGAGGACAACAGGAGGGUUAAUCCUGAUGGGGUUUUACUGUCUCACAUUUGUUUUAUACCAGUUUUAAGAUAUGAAACGAGAACAAACAUCUACUAAUGUACUGAAAAGAGACAAAACUGGGCUUGCAUUUGAACAGACUUCAUCAUAUAUUAAGCAAGAACAAACUUUGACAUUUGGCAGUUUGUCAGAUGCCAAAAAUAUCAGGAUGUCCUGCUACGGUCAGUCAGAUUUUGAAUUAUCAAGUCAGCGUGCUUUUCUGGGCGUCCUGACCCGCGAUCCUCUGCAGUUAUGUCACACGUUGCAGCAUUGUGCACAAGUUUAACCGAGCUGGAGCCGCACAAACAGACGGCAGCUCAUUUCACACUACAGACUGCGACGGUCAAAGUUUAAGGCGCAAUAGUAUGACCGAGUAAUGUGUCCCAGUAGUAUAUAUACGCUCAACAAAAAUAUAAACGCAACACUUGUUUUUGCUCCCAUUUUUUAUGAGAUGAACUCAAACAUCUAAAACUUUUUCCACAUAUACAAUAUCACCAUUUCUCUCAAGCAUUGUUCACAAAUCUGUCUAAGGGGCCGUUUAUACGAGGACCAUCCUAACAGAAAACGCAAAAGUGGCGUCUUGUCAUUUCACGUUUAGACGAGCGGUUUUGAAGGAAAUCUGCGUAUAUACGGUGACUCUAUAGUGUGUGGAAUUCGAUUGGAUAUGCAUGCCAGGCAGCUGGGUGGCGCUGUGAUAAAACUCUGCCAUGUCUAUGCGCAUGCUUACUAUCUCCCUUUUCGGAUCUCCGCCGCGGUAAAUGUUCAUGAAUGGAAUCUGUACAGAUUCAGUACGUUUGUUGGUACGACUCCUGUAGUGUACAUAGAGCUGCCAGAGUUGCUUGAUGGUCCAAAGGAUGGAAAUAAUCACACAUCUUUGUUUACGUCCUUGUACCGGCCGGCAAACCAAAGCACGUAUGUGACGUAAUCGCGUACGCGACGUGGUCAGAUCUCGGCAAAGUUUUGCGUUUUGCUGUUUAGACGGAAACGUAACGGCGGAGCGUUUUCUACUUUUCCACUCUGGAGGCCGGUUUCAAACUUUUGCGUUUUCAAGCCCCCAAAACGCCGUCCUCGUAUAAACGGUAGGGUGUUUUGUUGAAAUAUUUUGCCGUUUUCACCUGCAAGCGUCCUCGUGUAAACGGCCCCUCAAUCUGUGAUAGUGAGCACUUCUCCUUUGCUGAGAUAAUCCAUCCCACCUCACAGGUGUGCCACAUCAAGAUGCUGAUUAGACACCAUGAUUAGUGCACAGGUGUGCCUUAGACUGCCCACAAUAAAAGGCCACUCUGAAAGGUGCAGUUUUUUUAUGGGGAGGGGGGGGUCCACUCCUCUUCAAAGGCUGUGUGAACUGGUACACGCUGUCGUAUACGCCGAUCCAGAGCAUCCCAAACAUGCUCAAUGGGUGACAUGUCCGGUGAGUAUGCUGGCCAUGCAAGAACUGGGACGUUUUCAGCUUCCAACAAUUGUGUCCAGAUCCUUGCAACAUGGGGCCGUGCAUUAUCCUGCUGCAGCAUGAGGUGAUGUUCUUGGAUGUAUGGCAGAUGAGCUUCCCUGAGACGGUUUGACAGUUUGUGCAGAAAUUCUUUGGUUAUGCAAACCGAUUGUUUCAGCAGCUGUCCGAGUGGCUGGUCUCAGACCAUCUUGGAGGUGAACAUGCUGGAUGUGGAGGUCCUGGGCUGCUGUGGUUACACGUCGUCUGUGGUUGUGAGGCUGGUUGGAUGUACUGCCAAAUUCUCUGAAACGCCUUUGGAGACGGCUUACGGUAGAGAAAUGAACAUUCAAUACAUGAGAAACAGCUCUGGUUGACAUUCCUGCUGUCAGCAUGCCAACUGCACGCUUCCUCAAAUCUUGCAACAUCUGUGGCAUUGUGCUGUGUGAUAAAACUGCACCUUUCAGAGUGGCCUUUUAUUGUGGGCAGUCUAAGGCACACCUGUGCACUAAUCAUGGUGUCUAAUCAGCAUCUUGAUAUGAAACACCUGUGAGGUGGGAUGGAUUAUCUCAGCAAAGGAGAAGUGCUCACUAUCACAGAUUUAGACAGAUUUGUGAACAAUAUUUGAGAGAAAUGGUGAUAUUGUGUAUGUGGAAAAAGUUUUAGAUCUUUGAGUUCAUCUCAUAAAAAAAUGGGAGCAAAAACAAAAGUGUUGCGUUUAUAUUUUUGUUGAGUGUAAAUAUAUGCUGCAUGAAACGGUGCAUACUUUGUGCAGCAGUAGUGUGUACUCUGGGAGGUAAAAAGACAGCAUAUGCAGCCCCAUUCAUAUUUUUUUUGGACUUGCUUCAUUGUAGAAAAAGGAACAGUCCUCUUACCAAACAUUGAAUUUGCACUGAUUUUUGGAUGCAUGCUUGAAUGUUAAAUGUGCAAAUGUCUGAAUGUCUCCAUAUUUAACUGCCUUUGGCUUCAUUCACUCAUUUACUCAUCAGCUUAUUGAAGUUUUAACUUAUAGCAAAAAUGCUACACCCUGCAAUGAAACAGUAUGAUGGUUGUUUUUUUUAAACUUUUUACACUUUGUCAUGCUCAUCGAUUCUGUUUUGCUUUCUGUGCGAAGGUGAACAGAAUGUGAAUGAAUCUGUACUGUGUGUGUGUGACAGAACUUAAAUAUUAUUGCCUUUUCAAUAAACUGACAAACAUCUUUUAUUCGGA